AUGCGAAAUCCACUGCUUCCCCUCCUUCUGGUAAUAGCAUUCUCCGCUACAGUAUCUCAAGGUAAGUUUAUCUUUUUUCGUCUGAUGUCCGAUCGAAUCCGUUGCCCAUAAUUAACGUGUUUCUAGCAUUCGUCCCAAAAUGUAACGCAUUCUAUGUCCGAUGGCCUCGAGUACGUCUCAACUUCAAGGCAGUCGCAGAGGCGAGGCUCUCGUUGAAAGGAUGCCAAUCGGCAUGUUCGCUAGGAGAAGAUCCCGUCAGUCCGGGCAAGCAAUUGGAGUGUGCAGCCGUGAACCAUCAGGCAUCUCCUGAUGGAUUCUCUCACCAUUGCGACGUCUUCCAACCGCAUCAACUGCAGAAUGUUGACGGCUACGUCGAGGCAGAUGAUAGAUACACUUUCUACUGGAAGUACUGUCUUUCAUGUGAGAAUCCUUUUAGAGUUGUCGACUAAGCAUAAUUCCUUCUUCAGCAACCAGAAAGUGCUCGGGAGAGUAUGCAUUCACUUAUCUCUCCGACCGUUACAUCGAUCAGAAAUCGGUGGUGAAGACGACAACGAAGGCGAAUCUGGAAGAGUGUCUCUCCGAUUGUUUGGACGAGGCUGCUUUUGAAUGCCGUUCCAUUUCUUUCAAUAGAACCGAUGGAGGGUGUCACAUGUCCAAGGAUUCACAGAUCUCCCGUCCGGAAGCCAUUCGACUCAACAACAAUCCGAACUAUCGCAUCGACUAUUACGAGAACAACUGCUACAAUUGUUAGUACUUGCAAUAACAGAGCGCACGGAUAACAGUAUCUAUUUCAGUGUCCGAGUCUUUCACUUUCAAGCACGAGUGCAAUGAGAACGGAAUCUCGGUCAGUGUCAAAUCUCGUUUGCCGUACACUGGAGCCCUCUACGGACUCUAUGACUUCUUCACGUGCAGAACGGAACCAAAGGAAUCCACUGAAUUCGAUCACUUCUUCCCGUAUCAGACCGUCAGCAAGAAUUGCUCAGAUUCUAUCAAAUACAAGGUAUAAAGCUGUGUAUUAUGUCUGUGCAUCAAUUAACGUUUACAGGGCAACGAGAUGGUUCUGGAAGUGGUUCUCUCGACAGAUGGUAUCGAGCCACUUUACUUCAUAACUCCGGACGAUCUGACCUAUCAGGCUCGCUGCCCAAUCAGCGGAGUAAAAGCAAAAGACACUCAGAACUCGAAAUCUAUGGCUCAUUUGGACAACAGGUAAACAUUCAGAGUACUUAUUUUUAAUUUUGAUUGAGGAAAUAUAAGUUUGAAUGACUGAUUGGUUUGUUCUGUUUAGAAACAAAGAGAUGGAGGCAUCCGCGCAUGCGUUGUUUGAGUUACUCUCGAAAGUUGGCGACGAGGAAGAAGGGCCCGUUCAGAACACGUUCUCUCUUCCGUUGACGUCCACAGAACCAGCGCCAGUUACGAGGCAAGUGUCCACGAUAACUACCACCAGGAAGCCAACCACCACAACCGUUUCCACUACCACAAGAGUGACAACCACGACCCAGAAGACAACGACUACCCCCAAAACAACGACAACCAAGAAACCAACCACAUCCAGUACCACCACGACGCCGAAGCCGACCACCACUUCCGUCCUCCCUUCUACUUCCACUUCUUCUGCUUCUACUUCUACCCUGUCUACUACUACUACCACUCCCAGAACUACAUCCAGGAGACCAAUUAAUCGUUCCACAAUUCCGUCGGCUACUCCCAAAGUUGCAAUUAUUGUGGCCAAGGAUUCGAGUUUUGCCCGAGCGAGACUUUUCACCACGAAACAUCCGAGUACCCACAAAAUGCAAGUUGUUCCGUUUCCUUCUAACAUUUAUCAUUUAUCCGAACACUGGCUGUUUUCCCGAGUGUUGUGUUGUCUGAGUGACUUUCUGUUGGAAAUGAAAAUGAGAUUCUCAGGGGUUCUCUUCCGAGGUUUAAUUCGUUUCCUUUCAGUGAUGUUCCAACCACGACCACUACUUUUACCAGCACCACGACUACAACAACGACUCCUGCUCCGACCACGACAACUUCACCAACAACCACCACCUCGACUACUGUUAAGCCUGUCACAACUACGACGACUUCCACAACAACUACUCUUCCUCCAACCACCACGACUCCAACAACGACCACUACUACCACAACGACUACUCCGAGUCCCCCUUCCACUCCGACCGUCACUCUUUCUCCUGCUCUCUCUCCGGUUGGGUCUCCGGCGUCUCAAGCAACCACCUCAACAUCCGCAGCAUCCGAUGGGUACUGUUCUAUUCCGGCCUGACUGGCAAAAUUGAGUUAUUAAUUUCAGCUCAACAAUUGCCGGAAAGCCGAAAGUUCCUGUGAUCUUCGACAUUUUCCACAACGGACAGGCAGUGGAGGCGGUCGUCGUCGGCACGAAGAUCUCCCUUUCGUUCCGUCCUCACUAUCCGAUUCCGCCAGAGUACGUCUCGGUCCGCGGCUGCCAAGUGGAACCAAUCGACCCGAAAUACGAAUGGGAGCACGAACCACUGUUCAUCAUCAGAGACGGGUGUCCGGCCGACGGAGUGGGCCUCGUCUGUCCCCCGACGCACUCAGAGUUUGGAGCCAAGGUGUCAGUGGAGGCAUUCAGAUACCAGACAACUGGGCAGGUGCAAUACUCGUGCCUCGUCAGAAUAUGUCCGUUUGCCCCUUGUCCAAAGGUGAGACUGCAUCACUCCGUGCUCAACACAAACGCUUCCCCUUCAGAAUACGUGUGACGAGGUGGAAGGAUGCGACAACAAUUACAUGCACAGAUACAGAAGAGAGCUUUCAUUGGACGACAUCAGGAAGGCUCUGGAAGCCAAUCCAGAACUGGCCUCUCAAAUUGGAAUAUCUCCGUCGGCAUUUGCGAGAAACCCAUCUAAAACUAGAAACUUCACAAAUGUUGUCGGUAUGUCAACCAUCCUUCGAUCAAAGUGAAACUCAUAAUUCAGAAGAGCAACAAAGGAUUGCUCUCGGAGGAGAUCACGUCGUCCGACGUCGUCUGAUCGUCGUUAACUCGGAAGAUCAAUUGAGGUACUACGUGCGGACCGGCAACAUCUAG